AUGAUUGAGAAGUCUGUGAAGUCUUAUUUUUUUCAAAGAUACAAGCAAGUAGCAUAUGAUGAUUAUUUAACUGCGCAUGAUUCUAUUAUAACUUCUUUAAGCAAAAUAUUUACUCAGAUAAAAAACAAAAUUUAUUUAAAACGGCACUCUCAUAUUCGCAAAUCAAAGAAUUCCCAAAAGAGGGUCAAAGAAUAUCGUUCUAAUCCAAGAAAUGAAGGAGAAGAUAAUAUUGAUACUACAAAAAUUGAUAAGGAUAAUGCAAUUACUCGCUCUUUUGAUUCUGAAAAAAAUGAAAUGACUGAGAAAGAAAGGUUCGAUUUCAUUAAAAGAAUGAAAAAAGAAAGAGAAAAAGCACAAAUUCUGCAUCAAACUAACAUUGAAAAUAUUAAUGCAAAAAUUUUACAAAAAAUUCAAGAAGAACAUAAAUCAAGUGCGGAAAAAGAAAGAAAAAGGGCAGAAGAAAAGCAGAAAAACAUUACAAAAAUAAAAAAUAAGGUAGAAUCAGAUAGAAUCGAAAGAAAAAAGCUUUUAUUAAUUGAAAAUAAAGAUACAUAUGAGGACUCGAAACCUCUUUACAAGAAAUUGGAAGACAGAUUUUUUAGCAAUUCAGUGAUGCCUGAGAUGGAAAAGCAAAAGGAAAUUUUGGCAAGACAAAAAGAGUUCUAUCGACCAAUAAAAUUUGAUGAAAUCAACAAGUUUGCUUAUUUGAAUUACUUAUAGAGAAGUCCCCUCUGCAUAACGCUCCACCGCUAGCUUGCCAGUCCUGACACGGCCUUCCACUAUGCUGUUCCUCAUGAACUAGGACUUACACUCGCUAACCGAGAGCCAGAGACGCUCGGUCAUCAUUCCGUAGGUCAACGGGAUUCGCUCUUCGAAAAAUCGAAUUUACUGGUCUAGCUCUUGACCAAAUGGAAUCCGGAGCCCAGUAUGCAACGCCUGGUAUCGUACUAGGGAUUUGCCCAAUUGGCCAAGCGACAACCUCUGGCCUUGCUGGGCGCACCUUUCCAACUCUAGCCAACCAUCUUCCCUUGAGGUAAAACUUGAGCACGCGGUCAGUUAGACGAAAUCAAACAAGCAUGAAUUAGAGUACAAACGAGCUAUAAAAGAGUCAGAAAUUCUUAGGAAGCAUAAAUUAUCACAAAAUUAUUAUGAUCUUGCCCAGCAUCAAGCUAGCAUAAACUACUACAAAUCUCCUUUGCUAGACAUUAUGAUGAUUGAAAGCGAAGAAAAGAUCCAGAAAGAAGCAGAAAAAUCAGAAAGCAGCAAAGUGCUAGCCCAUAAAGCAAGGGAAUAUGGAAAACUUGCAAUUGAUUUAUUUAAGCCUAAAAUCUCUUACAACAAACAAUUAGAAAUUGAAUGAAGAAGGAGAAAAAUCCGCAAUGACCGAUUAAAUAAAAGCAUUGAUGAAAAUAUGAUCAAUUUAAAGCCUUAUGAUGUAAAGUCAGCAGGCGAUCUAAGAGGCCACUCUAAAAACUUGGAAAAUGUUGAUAGUAAAAUACUAUCAUCAAACCCUGGAGACUCUAUCAAAUCUUAUAAAUCCUCAAGCCAUAAAAGAAAUUUGCAGCCCUCAAAAAGAAGCUCAUCAAUUUCAUCAAGAAAUGAUACAAGCCCAGAUACAUCUGUCAAUAAGUCAGUCGAUUAUCUAUUGCAAAAACGAGUUGAAAGGCAAAAGUCAAGAGACCACGGAAGCCCACUACUAAAACCUGUCAAUUGGACACAAAUUUUAUCAGAUGAAAAUACCGAAAAGUCUGCAAAGAUCAAUAAAAUUAAGCUAUUAACUCAGUCUAUAGAGCUUCGAGCACAAAAUUAUGAACGCAGCAUUAACCCUAAGCACAUCAAGAAUAUUCAAAGCUUGGAAAUCCAAGACAGCAUUAACAAUGUGUACAUAGACAGCAUAAAAGCUAAGCUAGCGGUGCUUGAUUCUCUGUAA